AUGUCGACGCAAUCUCCCACACACGAUCCGGAAUCUCCCUAUUAUCUGGAUCCAGAAUUUCAACCGGAAAACAAGCUCUCGACGGUAAUACUUAGCGAAGCGGAAGACAACUACUUCAUCUGGAAGAGAGAUGUUCUGGAAUCCCUUGGAAUGAGGAAUAAAACCGGGUUCGUGGACGGCUCCGUCGCGAGACCCGAGCCUUCCUCGCCGCUCUACGACGCAUGGAAACAGUGUAACGGGGUGGUCACGUGCUGGCUGCUGAAUUCGGUGAGCGAACCGCUGCAAUAUUAUGUGUUUUUCGCUGAGACGGCGCAUAAAGCCUGGGUAGAUUUCCGGCGGAUUUUCGCCCCUAGCCCCGAAUUGAAGAUCUACCAGCUUCGCCAGAGAAUCGCGAUGAUGAGGCAAGGCGGUGAUUCGGUCGCCACUUAUUUCGGGAAGCUGGAUCUGGCUUGGCAGGAGCUGUCGGAGUAUGAUCCCGUACCGGAGUGUGUGUGCGGCGGUUGCCGGUGCGACGUCUCCAAACGUGCCAAAGAGGCCAGAGACAAGGAGCAGCUUUUCGGGUUUCUUAUGGGUUAG